AUGAAGCUUCUUGAUCUGGCAGCAGCUGAUUCGGAGAUUGUCAUGGCACAAGAAAUCGCUCGUGGAAAGGAAGGCUGGGAUCGUGUGAAUACGGACGAGUUCGUUUGGAUCUCACAUCGUCAUCGAGAACAGUGGAGGGGAGUUGCAGUUGGAAUCGCACAUGAUAGGCUCGACUGUGUCAUUCAUCGCAUUGCGACCCCAAGAGGAAUCUGGGUUCUCCUUCGUCUACAUGGACUUGGUCGGGUAGUAUGUGGGAGCUUCCAUGCCCAUACUGGAACAACUAAUGUGAUCUACCAGAAGGCUGUUGGUGAAUUCUUCAGCAAACUUCCAGCUAAAUGGAAACACCUUCCCCUGUUCUGUGGAGUUGAUGCCAAUGAGGUCCCACUGUGGGACGUCUUGGAAUCGAAUGAACUGGAGAUUGGCCAUUGUUCAACCAACCUCAACCUGAUGCUUGGUGAGAUUCAAGAUGCAGGCUGUCGAGUUCUUCCUCCUGGCAUUGGACAACGAACAGCCCCGACCCACUUCCCUCGCGAUGAAACCAGAGAAGGCCGACAAAUCGAUCUCCUCUUCGUACGAAAAGUCGGAUGUGAGCAGGUCAUCUUUGACGCCGACAGGCGGCAUACCAUCAAUACCGAUCAUGCCUUCGUCUUCUCCGAUGUGUUUGUCAACGGUCCGCUUCCUGAACGUCGAUGGGGAAACGAUUCUCGUGCAAGAUGGGUGACCGGUACUAUUCCUGACUCUGUUCUUGUCGAUGCCGAAGACAUCACCUGCCUUGCUCGCGCUCACACACGCCCUCGUCGCCCUCAAGCCUUCCGAGAUAGCGAAGAAACCAGGUCUGCCAUUAAAGAGGCCAAAAUUGCGAAGUCAAAGGCUGCUUGGAAACGAGUGCACCGCCUCCGGCGACGUGAUCGCACUGAGUGGGAAGAUGCUCGACUUCGCCGGAUUCUUCUCAGGGGGUGGGAAGAGUUUCGUUCUCUUCAGAAUGAAAAGAAGAAGAAGAAGGGAUGGUGGGGAGACAUGCUUGAUGGCAAGCCCUCUGCAGUCCUGACGAAGGAAGUUCAACAGCACUUGGCUGGGAAGAUGAUCACGCCUGACAAAGCGAACUGGGAUGACGAAUUGGAUGAGAUUAUCAAGACUGUGCCGAAUGAGGGGGACUUUGUCGACUUCACCAUCCUGGAGGUCAGGACAGAGCUGCGUCAAAUGAGAUGCAGAAGCGCCAUUGGCCCUGAUGGUAUAAGUGUACAUCUCCUUCGCGAACUUGCAAGUCAUGACAGUCUCAGUGAUCAACUUGUGGGCUUGAUCAACCAUAUCGUGAAGACACAAGAGACGCCGGAGAAUUGGAAUGUCAGCUUCCUUGCGUUACUCGCCAAAUGUAGCUGUCCUCGUCGUCCGAAAGAUCUUCGACCCAUCUGCGUGAGCUCUGCUUUCAACAAACUUGUCAACCGCCUUGUCUGCAUGAGAGCAUUGCCUAAAUUGCGAAGAGGUUCUUGUAUUUCUGCUUGUGGAAGAGGACGACAAGCAGCCGAUCUCAUCGGCGGCAUAUCCCGAAUCCGGGACGUCAUCCACGAAUGGCGCAUGCCAGCCCUUCUAUGCAAACUUGACGUGGCAGGAGCUUUUGAUCGUGUCGAUCGCAACAAGGUCGCGAGUUUGCUCUGUGAAAGACUUAGUGGCGAACGACUGUCCAGUGAAUUGCGUUUUCUCCUUGGACAAUUGCACACACAUGAAUUGGUUGGCACUGUCCCGGGAGGAAAUGAGAUUCGGCUUCGUCCCAACAAUGGGAUUAAGCAAGGUGCGCCUGAGUCUGCAGAAAUCUUUGGGAUUCUGAUUGAUUCCCUCCUCUCUGACCUUGUCGCCUGUCGGGGCUGGAAUGGUAUGCCUGGCUUGGCUGAGGACUUCAAUGUCGAUCUUCUCUUUUACCAGGAUGAUGUCUUUCUUGUUGAACAAGAUCUGGGAAGACUUAUCAAGCGCAUUCGCAUCGUUGACCGUUGCCUGGGGACAGCAGGCCUGAGUCUUGCGACUGAGAAGACUAUGAUCAUCGCAAGUCCUCAAUAUCGUGGACCACGCUCUGCCAAAAUUGGGGAUGAUUACUUUUCCAUUGCGGCAAAGGAAGACUCGUUGCGAGCACUCGGAGUUAGUUUCAACUUCCACGAGAGUCCUUCUCAACAGGCUCAAGAAAUGCUGGGACGUGCACGUGCUGCAGCUGCAUCGCAUGCCGAUAUCCUGGGUGCUCAUGGACCCUGGACUAAGAAAGUCGACAUGCUUAGGUAUCUUGUUGAGUCGACCUGGUCGUGGUCAGCAGGUGCGCUACACUGGAGCUCCCAAGAUCUGCAUGCAGCCAACACGUUGCAGCUGCACCUCCUGCGCAAGGCCUUCAAGCUCAGGAGACUGGCUGAUGAGUCAUUCUCGCUCUCCAACACAAUCUUCAUGGUCACUGGGCAAGACGUAAAGAACUUGAUCGGCGAACUGGGGAAACGGGACCAUGUUUGCCUAUGCGAGCGUUGCUCUGGAGAAGUACCAGAUGGUGGCGUGGACAACAGGCGUGCAGCCGAUCAUCAAGUAUGCGGCACCCUUGUCGGUUCUAUGCCAGUAAUCCUGAACGUCAAAUCGCUGACACCCAGGGAAGUGAUUGGUUCAUUGGAGCCCUUGAUCGGCACGCCUGGGGCCUCGCCAGAGAAGCUUAUGUACACAUGUGGGAUGUUAGGUGGACCAGCGGCAGACAACUUGCUCUUCGCUUCUAAAAACUCGAUGGCCUGCCUGAUGAAUGCAAGGUUACGAAAACCCGCGCCUUCCCUCGCUGUCUUCGCGACGGCACCACCUUUCUUAAUGGCACCCAUCUUCCGCGUGCUCGCUUUACUUUGGUUUGCUUGGUCGUGGUGCACAGCUGCCGCCUGGGAUGAGGAGUCUGAUGAUGAACGCACUGGGGGAAAUGAACCUGGGCAAGCUUCGUCUUCUUCGUCUUCGAGGUGGAGAGCACCGGCAUCAACGUCGACCUCGCCAUGGACCUACCAGCAGUACGUGGAAUUUAUGGCGGUGGCCUGGGAUGAAAAUGUUUCCUUGGCUGCUCAGGAACAAGAGCUCCGUGACUACGAGGACGCCUUCCUUGCCGAAGAGUCGCUUCUGUCCGAGGCCGUGAUCGCACCCUGCGCCGAUGAUCUACCUUUACCCUUUUCUGCCGUCACGUCCAACGGUGUGACCAGGGAUGAGGAAGACGGCUCAGUUGGGGAGACCUCGAACAACAUCAUGGACCUACUGAGUGAUGGACGUCAACUUCGUGGCGGACGACCUCUCUCUUGUGGCGAGGAUGACAGGACUGCUGGACGCCUGUCUCCGCUUAUCCCGUCUGUGGACCGUGAGACGACCUCGUCGUGUUCUGCAUCGGCACCCUCGGAGUGGACUGCUCGCCCAUCGCUGGUCGCUGAGGCUGGCAAUGACUAUGUUGGUGAACCUGACCCCUGGGGUGCAGUUUGGAAAGACAGGGAGUUUGCGGUGGACGACCCGACGACCAGCUCCUCUUCCUCCUGGACCACGCCCUGUACACCGCUGACAUGGUCUUCAUCGCCUACGUGGUCACCCUCUUCGCGAGCUACGAGUUGGACAUCGGCAUCUUCUACCAACCAUGCACCUCUAUGCCCAGCACUCCAGGAUGACACUGAUUGUGGCGAAACUGCACCCUCAACUCAGCCCAGUGGAUCUUCCCUCGGAGCUGAACAUGUUGAUGAGGGAUGGACGCAGCGCUUCAAUCGUGCACGACCGGGGCGAGAUCGCUGGCACAAUGCCGACGGGUCCAUCCGAGUCCGACUGCAGGAAAGGCAAGCAAGGCAGGCCCGACUUGAUUCCAUUGCAGAGUCAGAUCCCGCCUUCACCAUCGAAGGUAUCGAAAACACCAACGAGGGCCCCAUCGCACACGGGAAGACUUUCUAUGGCGAACACUUCACUGUUUCCACAAGUGGUAUGGGUGCAAUCGUUAACGACUCCACGUCUGCGGGGGAGGAUACUACCACCCCAGUGGAAGAGUCAGAUGAUCUGGAUUACGAUGGACAGCCCUUACCAGGACCCGUCGUGAACUCACCCGAUGUUCCCGACGUUCCUGAUGACGAAAUGACGUCCUCUUCGGAGACAAGUGCCACGCCAGGAGAGGUUGGCUUUUGGAGGCAUGGAGUUUGGGUAGGCCGUCCACGAACACCUGCGGAACUACGUGAUCACCGAGGUGGCGGAGGUAUGCAGCGGUGGCUAAAGAACCAACGACGUAUGAGAGAAUAUUUCCGAGGACAAUGGCGACCGGCCUGGUUAGUCCAGUAUGCCCGGGACAAAGCCGGCAGACAACAGCAACUGUCCUCCAAUGCUACGACGUCUACACCUUCAUAUGAUGCUCCUUCGAUGGAGUCUGGGGGGACGAACGGUCAAACGACGAGUUCGCCCAGCAAUGAUCCCACUGUGUUGUCCACAUCCGAUGAGCAGACGACGAGUUGGAGCUGGACAUGGACGGGCUGGGGCACAUGGACCUGGCAACAGUGGAGUACAUGGGAUGGUUGGUCGUGGACAACGGAAACAACCACAACAAGAAGUAGAUGCUCGACCUCGUCUUCUCCCGCAUCGUUGGCUGUGGAUGCGCCAACAAUGGUUCCCAGUUUGGCGACCUCUUCGACCUCGUUCUCGGCCUCCUGUACUACCACCACGUCGCACUCUUGGUCUGCCGAUUCGGUGUUUGGGACGUCUUGUUGGAACGCAGAGAGUACUACGAGUACCUCCACGCUCUCCACGACCCUACCUCUUCCUCCCAACUUCGGCUUGUUCCCUGAUGUUCACCCCGUGGGCAGUAGUGUCUUUGUGCCGACUGUGGUGGAGGAAUCUGAGGAGGACAGUGAUGACGACCUGCAGCUCACGAAUGCUGAACGCAGGUCACUUGAAGAGCGUGGAGUGACCAGAUCCAUGAUCGACAGGCUCGAGAACCUGAUGCGCUCCCUUGACCGCAUGCAAGAUGAGGGACGUGGUCCUGAAGGCCGCCUGGUUGAGGGGAUUGACGCGUUAGAGGCCAUCUAUCGUGUCCUGUCCAGGAGGUUCAUCCCCCAGGGUUACCUUCCAGUGAGACGCAUUCCACAUCGUGAAGAAGACAGAUGGCGAAUGUUUAAUUGGGCGCGCAACUACAUGGAUGUGUUCUUGACUACGCUUGAGCAGCACCUCAACACGCGCUUGCAGCCGGCUGAUUCUGAGAUCUCCCCUAUGGCUCCAGCGGAUUCCCAUAGUGCUGCUUCUGGGCCGUCCCUGCACAGUGAAAAUGCGGACAGUUCGGGGGGACCAGCCACGUCUACGACACCGGCGAGCUCUGGAAGUGGAACCCGGAGAAGAGCUGCAAGACGUAGGGCUAGAAGGACCAGGUCUCGCAGCCCCAGUGGAACAACAGUGCAUUUUCCCACCAUGGACAGUGAGUUCGCGCUCAAUUCGGCCGAUGAGUUGGUGGAGGUACCUCCUAGAUCACCAACACUUGGCCCAUUUGGACCUCCGCCUCCGCUCCCUGUCAACUUGCCGACCAAUUUCAUUGGGGAGGAAUUACAGGGUAUCUGGCGUGAACCUUCACGAGACUACGUCGACAAGUACUACGUUGGGAUGUUGGAAAAUGAUGCCUUGGACGACUUCUACAACGUCGACCUGGACUUGUACAACGACAACCUGGACUACGACGACCUGGACUUCAACAAUGUGCCCCACGUCGUCGCUCUUGGUCUCCCCUGUCCACAACGGCUCAAUGAUGAAUGCACAUCUUCUACGACCUCGAUGACAUUGCAGACCGAAGCACCUCCGACAUUGACAUGGCCCAGUGACGUGAUCAGGGAUGUUGUGAACACCAACAUGGUACAUGGUGGCCAGGUGGAUGUAAUUGAGACCAUUCUCCGCCUGCUUACCCAAUUGCGUGGACUACGUCAUCGUGAGCGUCUUCUACUUGAAGCGAUUGAAGAAGCACUGGAAUGGGUAACAGUGCCUUUAGAAGCCACGCCAAUGAAUGCAGGUAUCUACGAGCGGGCCAUCCUGGAGGCGGUGAAUAGAGAAGCCCAAUUCGGGGAUGAACCUUCAUCGAGCUCUACACAUCAGGUGGUGACCUCGCCUUCGUUCUUGCUCACGCCAAACUUGCCCUACUCGCUGCCGAAUGUGAGCAAUCAGCUUCCGGAGUCCUCACCUUCGACUCUUGCUGGCCUGCGUCGUCGCAUGUGGAGGGCUCACCUGGCCAACCUGCAUCAUGCACAAGGACGUGAGCCUCCUUUGGGCAGUUGGCCAAAUGAAGAUGACGAAGCUUUGUAUCUUGUUCAACAAAAUGAGGAUGCAGAGAUUGCAAACUGGCCUGCUGGAAUACCACGACCACGUGUUCUUCGCCUUGGAGCUGUUCGUCGACCUGGUGGUGAACGUAUACCUCGUGGACGUCGUCGCCAUCGUACUCUUCGUCCGCCACCACGGUUUGCUCGCCCUGGACACCGAGCAUCAGAUUUGACUCUGAAUCAAGGGACACUUGUUAAUGGAAGUUCGCAUCUCUCACAUCGCAGUGGUGGGGCUCAGGGUCGUCACGGAGGAGAUUCGUACGAAUUACGCCGUCGUCGUCUUGUGAACUCGAACAACGACCUUGACUACUAUCGUGAACGCAGUCGUAGCCGGGACGGCUAA